AUGGGAACUGGUUUAAACAACGCAUUAUCUCGGAAGUACAAUGGUUUGGAGCUUUGGGAGAUCAUAGUGAUUGUUCUCUCAGCUAUUUUCCUUAUAGUUCUAGCUGUAUCUAUAUGGCUUACUUUCAGAAGAAAAAAGUCUAAACCAUCUUCUAGCCAAAUCCCUGUUAGCUACCAGAUACCUUCUAGUGUUCCUGAAGAGAUUAAAGAGAUUAGAGUCGAUGAGGUUUCAUCAACCAACGGAGAUACCAAUGGAUAUCCAUCUAUUAGUGAGAAGUUUGGUGAUAAAGAAUCUGAAAAAGGGGUAGCAGCAGUAGUAGUAGCAGAGUCAGAGAAUGGUGAUAGUAGCAGAUCAGGCUCGUUUAAUCACAUGGAGAAGAAAGAUGGUUCAAGCGUGUCUUCUGCUAAUCAUUUGACAGCUCCUUCUCCUUUGUCUGGUCUUCCAGAGUUUUCUCACCUCGGAUGGGGUCAUUGGUUCACUCUUAGAGAUCUUCAGAUGGCUACAAACCAGUUCUCGAGGGAUAGUAUCAUUGGUGAUGGUGGGUAUGGAGUUGUGUACCGUGGUAACCUUGUUAAUGGUACUCCUGUUGCUGUUAAGAAGUUGCUCAACAAUCUAGGGCAAGCUGACAAAGACUUCAGAGUAGAGGUUGAAGCUAUAGGUCAUGUUCGCCACAAGAACUUGGUCCGUCUUCUUGGAUAUUGCAUGGAAGGAACACAGAGGAUGCUGGUGUAUGAGUAUGUUAACAAUGGGAACUUAGAGCAAUGGCUACGUGGAGACAAUCAAAACCAUGAGUAUCUAACGUGGGACGCACGGAUGAAGAUUCUUAUAGGAACAGCCAAAGCGCUUGCUUACCUUCACGAGGCGAUUGAGCCAAAAGUGGUGCAUAGAGACAUAAAGUCUAGCAACAUUCUGAUUGAUGACAAAUUCAAUUCUAAGAUCUCUGACUUUGGACUUGCUAAGCUGCUUGGUGCUGAUAAAAGCUUUAUAACUACUAGAGUAAUGGGUACAUUUGGUUAUGUAGCUCCAGAGUAUGCGAAUUCUGGUCUUCUGAAUGAGAAGAGUGAUGUCUACAGUUUUGGUGUUGUACUCUUGGAAGCUAUAACUGGUAGAUAUCCAGUAGACUAUGCUCGUCCACCACCUGAGGUACAUUUGGUAGAAUGGCUGAAGAUGAUGGUUCAACAAAGAAGAUCAGAAGAAGUGGUUGACCCAAACCUCAACACAAAACCAUCUACAAGUGCCUUAAAGAGAACACUCUUGACUGCUUUGAGAUGUGUCGAUCCAAUGUCAGAGAAACGACCGAGGAUGAGCCAAGUUGCACGUAUGCUUGAAUCCGAGGAGUACCCAAUUCCUAGAGAGGAUAGGAGAAAACGAAGGAGCCAGAACACAAGAGAUUCAGAUCCUCCAAGGAACAGCACAGACACUGACAAGAGUGAGUACCAUGACCUAAAGCCUGAAGCUGGAGAUAAGAUAAGUAAGCAAGGUGUAAAUUGUCAGUGAAGUUGAAGCAAGUCCUUAUUCUUCUCCAGAUCUUAUGUGUUAUUGUCAUAUUGGUUCUUUUGUUCUUUGGUAAUAAGGAGAGUGAAGAGCAAGAGUGUUCAUUGUUUGUUGUGUUUGAGAAAAAUGGUUUUAGUUUGUUUCCAUCAACACCAUUUGCUUGUAUAGUGUUUAUUUGUUUGUUGUAUUAUCAUAUGCUUUCUCUACGUAUUGCAAUGUAGGUUUGUUUUUGGACCAGGUUUUGUAGGAUAUGUAAUGUCUUUGUGAUAAAACGACAGUGUAGUUUGCUUGCUUGUGGAAUACGUUGUUAGUUUAUCAGGUCUAUUGCUAAUCAUGAUAUUGUUAA